GACAGGAAGUGGUGCCGGAAAUGAUGGCCGGUGGUAUGGCGGCUCGGCCGCAGCGGUGAGUCCGCUCGGGCGGGUCUCGUUGUAACGGUACCGGCUGCUUAUGGCCCCGGUGUCCCGCGGCAGCGUGAGGUUUGGGGGCUGUAGAGGCGCCCUGCUGCGGUCGGGCUGGCCCCGGUGCGGGACCGUGGUUGGUUGGACCUUGACGAGCGUCAGUGCCCAGUGAGGGGCCUGGUCGGUUGGGCCCCGGUGAAGGGGCCCGGUUUGUUGGGCCCUGACGAGCCCCAGCGCCUGCUGAGGAGCCCGGUGUGUUGCGCUCUGGUGCCCCUGGUCGGUUGAGCCCUGACAAGCCUCGGUGUCCGGUGAGGAGGAGCUUGUUCGGUUGAGCCUUGACACCCUUCCCCAGGGUAGCCCCCUGCCCAGCCCCGCCAUGCCCGCCCAGGGGCCCUCAGGGCUCCGCCGGGCUCUGCUGGCGCUGGUGGCCGCGCUGGCCUGGCUGCUGGCCCUGCAGCUGCUGCUUGAUCUGCGGGCGCUGGGGCUGCUCUUUGGGACGCUGGCGGUGCUGGGGGGCUGGCUGGGCCCCCGGGCUCUCAGCCCCCACGGCCGGCGGCUGAGGCUGGAGCAUUUUGUCAGCUCCCUGCACCCCCCGCCUCCCUGCCCAGGGGCUGAGGGGCGGCUGGAGAGGGAGAUCACCAGCACUGUCCGCAAAGUGGUGCGGGACUUCGUCGCCUCUUGGUACCGCACGGUCAGCAGCGAGCCGGCGUUCGAGGCCGAGGUGGAGAAGGCGAUGAUGGGCCUGGCCACCGAGCUGAGGCGGCGUAUGGGGCAGGUGGACCGCCAAGCUCUGGCCCGUCGCCUCCUCCUCCUCUGCGGCCAUCAUUUGCAGAGCUACCUGCAGGCCCGUGAGGCCCUGGGGACCGACCCGAACGGCAGCCAGACUCUGUGGCAGGAGUACAGCCGGCUGACGGGGCCGCACCCUGCGCUGCACAGCCCCACAGCAGAGGUGAGCUAUGCCCGGGCCGCUGUGGAGGAGCUGCUGCAGGCGCUGGUGCCCUGGCCCCACCUGGAGACGCGGACGGGCCGUUUCGUGGUGGUAGAGCUGGUCACCUGCAACGUGUUGCUGCCAGCCAUCAGGAAGAUGGCCGAUCCUGACUGGAUCAAUCUCUUGCUCAUUGGGGCUUUCUCCAAAAAGCCCUGGGAGGAGGAGCCACCCUCUGUGAGCCCAGUGCCUGAUUUCUUGCCCUUGGUGCAAACAGAUGCCAGCCCUGCUGGGCUGCCCCUCUCCCCGAGGGCUGCGGACGUGUCUGGGCGAGAGGCAGCAUCUUCUGGUGAGGGAGGAAAGGAGCUAGCAAGCGGACCAUGCCGCAUAGAGGAGCCCGUUAUCCACCCACAAGCCCUGGGCUCCCUAUUCCCCUGUGAAGGUUUGGAGCUGGAGUCCCCCAUGCCUGAUGUGGGCCAGGACACGGAUCUGCUGGCACCAUCGCCUGCAGGGGAGUUCCUUGAUGAACCCCUCCAGGACACCUCUGCUGCGCUGGAGAGACCAGCUGCCUCGGAGGACGGUGCAGGAGACCUGGAGGAGGACACUGCCGCCAGCUCGGACACUGGCCUGCUUCCCACAUCGGUGCUGAGCUCCUGCCCUGACAUCCAGAUCGACCCAGCAGUGGAGAAGGAAGAGGAAAGCCCGACUCUCCCCAAAAAAUCCUCUUCGCAGAGGCCCUCCAGUUUGGGGAAAGAUCUGGGGACAGCAGAGGGUCCCCCACAAAGCCCCCCAGACCAGGGGCAGACUCUGCUCUCAUCUUCCCCGACGGCUUCCAUCAGUACCUUCAGCUUUGAGCCCCUCAGCAGCCCUGACGGGCCAGUCGUCAUCCAGAACCUGCGGAUAACUGGGACCAUCACUGCUCGAGAGCACAGCGGGACCGGCUUCCACCCCUACACUCUAUACACCGUCAAGUACGAGACGGCCCUGGAGAGUGAGAGCGCGGGCAGCCUUCAGCAAAUGGCUUACCACACUGUGAACCGCCGCUACCGGGAGUUCCUCAACCUCCAGACCAGGCUGGAGGAGAAACCGGAGCUCCGCAAGUUCCUGAAAAAUAUCAAAGGCCCAAAGAAACUGUUCCCUGACCUCCCGUUUGGAAACAUGGACAGCGAUAAAGUGGAAGCCAGAAAAAGUCUGCUGGAAUCUUUCUUGAAGCAAUUGUGUGCGGUCCCCGAGAUUGCAAACAGUGAGGAGAUGCAGGAGUUCCUCGCCCUGAACACUGACGCCAGGAUCGCGUUCGUCAAGAAGCCCUUCAUUGUGUCCAGGAUAGACAAGAUCGUUGUCAAUGCUAUCGUGGACACCCUGAAGACGGCAUUUCCCAGAUCAGAGCCCCAGAGCCCCACGGAGGAUCUCAGCGAGUCUGAAGUGGAUGGGAAACCUCAGACAGAUGGGAAGAGGUCCAACAAGUCCAGGCUGAGGUUCUCAUCCAGCAAAAUCGCUCCAGUGCUGAGUGUGAGCGAAGCGCAUGACAAGAUCGUCUACUCCAUCAGAGAGAGCAGCGCCGUGUCUGGCACCCUGUCACUGGCCGCUAUGGAGUCCUUCAUCCAGAAACAGGAGAAGCUGCUGGAAUCGCUCACCAGCAAAGCUCCCGAGGGUGGGGGAAGCAGAGACAGCUCCAUGCAGGAGGAUAUGGACGGGCUGGACACGUCGGAGCAGGAAAUGCAUCCGGACACAGACUCUGACUCCGAGACAGCCUUGGCUGACUUGGCCCUGGACGUGCUUCGCCUGUUGCUGAUGGACCACUGGGGCUGGCUGUGCACGGAGAACAUCCAGAAGAUCUUUCACCUGCUCUUUGGGACCCUCAUUCAAAGGUGGCUGGAAGUCCAGGUGGUUAACCUGACCUGCACCCAGCGCUGGGUCCAGUACCUCCAGUUGCUGCAGGAAUCCAUCUGGCCAGGAGGAGUUUUACCAGCAGCGCCUAAACCAGCCAGGACAGAGGAACAGAAGAAAGCAACAGCAGAGCAGGCCCUGCAGAGCCUGAUGGGGAUCUUGCCUAAUGUGAUCCAAGAAAUCCUGGGAACCAGCCAGUGUCAGAUGAGCUGGAACCUGGUGCUGGAGUCCCUGGGCCAUCCAGCGAUAAACAGGGAGCAAAACAGAGGAAGUGAUUUAGACACCCGAGCUACCCAGCGUCACCACAAGUGCAGCGGGAGAUCUGGGACAGCACUCCGACAAGGCUGGUCUUUACUGUAACAGUCGGAUCAUCCUGAGCUACCAUGUGGCAGUUCAGCGCAGCAGAGAAAGUCGUGUCUGGAUCUGAGUCUUUGCUUGUAUGAUAAGCUGCAGAUCCCAGCGCUCGCUCUGUGCUCACGUGUUGACCCGCACAAUGGGUGUCGGAGAACCUGCGAUGGAGACACUUCCCUGACUUGCAGAGCUUGUGUUGGAAGCCCAGCAGAGCAUUUCUUGUGUUCUUUCCCAUAGAACAGAAUUUGCUUUUAUGCUCUUUUGCCCCAUUAAUGGAUGAGCAGGUUAAAAUCUGUGUGUACUAUGAUUUUAGAGCUGUCGCCUGAAGCUGCUCUUGCAGAUUCUGAGGCUGAAGUCAGUGAUGCUAAAGGGGAGUUGGGUUCUUUACCACAUCUUUAAGUCCUCACCAGCACUAUCUGUGCAGAAAUGUCUUUCUUUUACUUCUUAUAAGCAGAAGUUGCCUUCCUUAUUCUUUUAUUUUCACAAUUCUUAAGUUGGAUAUUGUGAUUUACAGUCAGAAGCUGAUAACUUUGGUGCCAAAGCUAAUGUAAAAUCCUUAACAAAACAGAGGUAAUUGAGGUUUUUGUCCCUGUGAUGUGGAAGUGAAGAAAUUCAGGAUGCUGCAGAACUUGAUCAGAUAGGGAAAUCAGCUCUCCCCAGCUCAUUUCACCAUCCCGUGCUUCCUUUGUGAGUCCAAAUCCAGCACCUUUCACCAACAAUAAAAAUCACACAUUUUUUUCUGCUUUAGUUUUGUUGAAGGAAUAAAAAAAAAAAGGAAACUCUUCCUGGCAAAACCCACCAGUUGUCCUGCAAUAGCAUUUCAUUGUGAAACAGCUUUUCCCCAUCAGAGCUUGUGCCCCAUGUGCCAUUUUUGGCUGGAAUCGCCUGUACGUAGAUGCCAAAUGGUGAUUUUGCAUGGGCUCUGGACACCAUCAAAGCUCAGAGGCUGUGUUACCACCCUCCACAGCCAGAGCAGGGAGGGUACAAAAUCAGGAAGGGUCAAAAUGAGACCUGUGUGAUGAAGUGCAGGUCUGAAGAACCUCUGAGGUUUCAACUAGAGUCCUUUUCAGCUUGAAAUUUGCUUUUUCCUGGCUCUGACUGGCCCUUUGGUGAAGCUGUGAUUGCGGCUGGAAGGCUGGACUUGCACUGGAGUGUUUGGGGGGAUUGGGGGGGAUUUUUUAAUGUUCUAUUAACAGAUUAACAGUUUGGGAAAGCGUCAGAACUUGUUUGAUGGUGUCACAGUGCAGGAAAACAUGGUUUAGUCAGGCAGCUUGGAUUAUAAAACUCCUUGCAUUUCUAUUUCACCUCAAUAGAAAAGGUCAAAUGUUCUGCUCAAGCAGAAAAACCUGUGUACAUGUUUAAUUCUGUACUUUAACAUGACUUAACACUUCUAUGCACUGAGCUCUGAACUUGUAAGCCUAUGCUCAUCAGUGUGCCUCAGUUUCCCCACUCAGUAGAUGCCAAUACUAAUAGCUGCUCCCCAAGCUAAUCAGCAGAUCUCAUUGUGUAUUUUUCAUGCUUUGCCUAAUGCAAUUACACACUCUUAAGCCUAGAGCAGCGCUGCCUUGAGGUUGCAAAUUAACGAAGGGAUGGUUACAUGUACCUGGUGUUUUGCAACCCCUAUUGCUGCAGAUGUGGCCAUUUGAAUAUUACAAAAAGCUCUUGCAUAAUCUUCAGAAAAUCCUUUUGGACCCCAAGUGCCUCUGUCCCCCUCCCUGUCAAAGAAAUAAGAGCCUUUGUUAGAGCGAGGGCUGUUGUGUGGGGAAAGAGGCUGUUUUGUUACCAUGUGGACCGUGGACCCGGCUGGUUUGUGAUGACAACGCAGCGAGGACCCUCGUGGGCUUUUCCCGCCUUGCGCUGGCACCGGCUCGGUCCGAGGAGCAAAACCAUGUGUUUGUGUUUCUGCUCUGUAAACGGAGCAGAUCUGACUCACCAGAAACACGCGGGGCAGAUGUUUGCGGUAACGAGGUGUCAUUUUUAUGCAGUUACUUUUCUGAACGCGGCCGCGUUUUCAGGCUACUUUGCAUGCCUGAGGAGUGCUUGUGCUGAAAUUGGGGGAAAACUCGGAGGCCGGAGUGGUCUAGAGCAAAGUUUGAAAAGCACCGGGUGAAUUGGGAGCCCACACUUAGAUUUAAGCUCGGCUUUGGGGAUUUGGGGCAGCACAUGCUGUGCUGGCACUCGGUGGGCGGUAGAUGAUAGAUACCGGGCUAUUUUAAAAAUGAUAUCUCUGGUCCAGUGUGAUCUAUUUAUAUAGGCAGAGGACUUACAGAUAGGAGUUCUUAUGCACAUACCUCGCAAUGUUGCAGAUGUAUUGGAGAAGUGUAAAAACAAACCAAAACAACAAACCAAAACCGCAAACCAAGCUAAAAAUAAAAAAUGAAAUCAAGCCAAACCUCUUUAAGGAGUUCAGAGCACAAGUCCCAGGGGUGCUUUUGACCAUCUCGCCAAUGCAAUAUACAUUUUACAGCCCUCUUAAAACGUGGGUAGUAUAAUUGAGGUCUGUAUGUGUUUGUAUUAGGAGCAGGGCUGGUGGAUUAACCCUUGCAGCCAGCUCUUGGCCACCUUUCCUCUUGCUUGUGACACAUCCAGAUGUCAGACUUCCCAUGGCCAUUCAUGGUUUCCAUGAGCAGUCUGCAAAUAGCCCUAUUGGACCUUUUGAGAAGUUUUUCUCCUAGCUAGCACAAUAACGAUGCUGUAAUAAUGCGUUUAUACCCGAGCUUUAGUAAUUACAACUCCAGGACUCUAGCAUUAAUUUUAAAGGUUCUUAUUUGUAAAAGCGACCACUGCUUUUUGGUGCAAUAACCCCCGCUUCGUUGCCAUCUCAAAACGUCUCUGAGCUGGUUCAUCAUCACAACCUGAGCUGCCACUUCUAUGAAGCGCAGGCACUGAAUCCAGGGGGGAGGUCGAGCCUCCUGUGAUUUCAUUUUUGAGCCUCCAAACGUGCAGGCAGCUUUCUGAAAAUAUGGGCUGGAAAAACACCUCUCUCUGCCUUGGCUUCUCCUGCAGAGAAGAGGGGAGUCGUACCUACCUCAUAGAAGAGUUGUGGUCGAUAAUGUUUGCAAAGUGCUUUUUAAUCCCCUGCUGAAAGGUUCUGUGCAAGUGUGAGUUAUAAUUAUUACGUCAAUGUGUCUCAUAUUUUCCUGCACAAGCCUUCAGCUCGCCGCAGAGAUGUUUUCCCAGUCUUUAUGUGGAUGCCAUUGGGUUUGUAGCUUCCUGGCCUGUUGUAGGCGGCCGUAGCAAGGCACAGAUUUCCAAAAGAGAGAAUUAGAGUCUUUUCAUCAGUUCGGAAAGCCAAACCAAACCCAAAACCACUUCCAAUAAAUCUUUCUAAGAGGAAAAUUGAUGGUACAUCAACAGGGAAGAGAUAGAACUUCAUUAGGGAUGGGUGAAUUGCCUCCGUACAGGUGCCCACCUCCAGACCAGAGGUUCAGCCCCCAGGUCAGCCCAGUCUCUUGGUGAGCCCAUGGACAGCUGAGAAAACACGUGCUCUUCAUCGCGUCAGAUCAUCCGGCUAAAGUAAACCAUGAGGUCAUGCCGACAUCACCGUGUCACCCCACGAUAAUUAAGACAGCCGCCUGGUUCCUCUGCAGCCCCCAGCCCCAGCUUGCGUACAGGUGUGUUGUUAUUAAGCAGCUGGCAUAACAAAUUUGUGCCAGUGCAAAGUAUGAAACGGCUCGGGGCCCGUCCAAAACUAACACAGCCGGGUCUCCAAACCGAGUCCUGGGGGUGCAGUUCUCCCUCCUGGAGAUGCAAACAAAUCAUAAAGGUUAAAAGGCAGGAAUUGAGGCUGUUGCGUUCUGCAAACUUAAAGGAAUCUCUGCGCCUCGUCCCCGGUGAAAAGGAGUUAAUUGGUAGCCAAGGCGAAGGUUUAAAAAUAGAGCUCUUUGCAUAGUUAUUUGGUGAUGUCUCUGUCACAUUGGCCGGUGUUUGCUGCUGUAAAUCCCAGUGCGUUCCCAGCAGGUUGUUAAUGUUGGGUGUUUGCAGGUUUGGAGGUUUUUUUAUGGCAGGGUGGUGAAUGGGGAAAACGGGCUUUGGAAAAAGUGACUUUGGAGGCAUUGGAGUCCAGGUAACGGCCCGAGUUGUGUCCUCAGUCGCAUUGGCACGGUCCCCCUGGAAUUAAGAAGGUGGAUUUGAAACUGGGAAGACAGUUCAUUCAGCCCAAGGCUCAUUAACUUCUGGUGCUGAGGAGAUAUUACCAACACCACAAGUGAAUGGUUCAACAUGAGAUAUUGUACGAGGACCUUCACCAGGAGAGGGGUUUGCUGACACCCUGACAGGUGCUGUUUUGGUGUCUGAGCUCCCCAGAUCUGCCACCUCCAUCCCAUCUUCCUGCGAUGCCAUCACUUCAACUCUCCGUUUCGUUGAGGUCUUUCCCUGCGUUGUUUUAUGUAUUUGCUGCAAGGUGAUGGGCUCUGAAAUGCUCCACAGAGUACGGUGGGUACCAGGAGCUUGGGGAGGAUGCAGGAAGGAGUGAGGAUGCUCAAGAGGUGCUAUGGGCAACAUGGAAAGAAAAGAGGGGAAAAAACUCAGAGCUUUGGCUAAGGCCAGUGAGGGAUUGCGUGGACCUUUUCCCUUGUGACAUGUUAUCUUUGCUUUUAAAAAAAUAAAUGAAAAUGUGCAUUUUGCUUGGCUGAAAUCCUAGAAGGAGCAAGGUCUGGGGGAAGAGGGGAGCUGAGCAGGGCUGUGCUGGUAGCUCCAGGCUGGGGGGUUAAUGGCCCUCCAGUUCCCUGGGGCUACCAAAAGCUGCCUUUGGGCUAGUGCUGGGCUCUGCUGUGGGGGAGGGGGCAGGCUCCCUUCUGUGGGAGGUCCUGGGUAACCUCUGCCUUUAUUCUUUUUCCUUCUUUCCUGUUGCAAAAAGCUCAUCUGGGCCGUUUUUCCUGCCAGCCUUCCUCUGCUCUACAGGAAGGCUGAGCAAAAACUUCCCGGAGGGCAGCCCAUGUUCCACAGCUGCUUUCCAGGGGAUUUCUUCCCUAUUUCUCCAAAACUCUUCUCCCUGUUGGAGCAGGGACGGCGCAGGUUCACCCCCCGGACCUCUCCCAGCCCGCAGCGGCUAUAAAGCUGUCGGCACAGGCGGCCACGUGCUGGAGACGCACUUAAGGGAGGCUGAGCUUCCCUUCUCCCAUUGCUGUGUCUCUCGGCCUCCAUCACCGUCUCCGGCAUGUGCCAGGAGACAAAGCUGGCGCUUCUCCCACCAGCGAAGCGUCAAGGCGUCAGCCAAGACGUCUGGUGGGAAGGAAGAGCCCGUCUGCGGGCGCCGAGGGGAGGAAGAAUCUCUCCACCGACCCUCUCUGCUCCGUUGAGCCUCUGGCCAGUAUCGCGCGGCCAGGAGCGAGCAGCCCGAGGCUCCGUCUGGAUCCCCGUCUCAGCAGCCCCAAUGCAACACAUGUGCCAGAGAUGAGUUUUCCCCUUCCCAACGUGUAGCAUCAUCCUUGCUUUGUGUGUGGGGAAACUGAGGCAGGACGGUCCCAGAGCCCAUGCGCCGUGACCCUUUCGGCUUCCUCAAGGGCUGCCCGACAGCAGAAGGGUUUUAAUGAAAGAAGGAAUUUCCAUCCUGUCAGAAAUCCAAAAAUUUCCCACCGUCGGUCUCUCUCAUCUUUAAAUUUAGAAGUUUGGAAUUUCACCUAAAAAGAAAUAGUCGCAAGAAUAUUUCCCUUUGUCUCUACAAAUAAUUCUGAAUAUGAGAGAGGAAUUAGGGUGCAACACAAGGCACUAAACCUCCCGAAACGCGACGCUUUCAUACUCCUGAAUAGGUGUUUUCAUCAAAUUGAAACAUGCCUGCAAAAUGCUGUCUGGCAAAAUUCUAUUCAGCUGGAAAAACACUGUCUAGCUCACUCUCCCUUCAAGUUAUCUCUCUAGACCUCAUACAAAGUCUUUAUUUAUUCACUCCCAUUUCAGAUGGUCUCUACUUCUCCAUCUCUAGGCGUCCACAAAUCAUGAUUUGCCUCUCUAGCAUCAGGGACUGGCUGAAAAAACCAUAAAGGACUUUCUUUUUAAUUCCAUUUUUGUUCCUUCUGCAGCUUGAUUCACUCUUGGGUAUGUCUGAGCUGCUCAGUGAGUCUCAGAGCUGGAAACGUGUUUUCUUUCUGUUUGACUCUUAAGAGGCUAAUGGAAUUAUUCAGCCCUAGCAUAUGAAAUCAAGCAUAUAUUUGAAUUUAUCAGCUCUGUGAUGGGGAUGUAAAAGGAUGGAGAUAGUCACAUGCAGGGAAUCAGCUCCCUGCCUCCUGUCUGGGGACAAAGGGGUUGUCAUUUGGGACCUUUCUGCUCCUGUCCCUGUCUCCUGUGCUAUUUCUGUUCAUCCUGGUAGCCAGGGAAAGCAGGGGUCAGGAGAAAGCCCUGUCCCUUUCCAGUGUCACCAGACAGCUCGCCAAGGGAUGAAGAGGUAUUUCGGAACAGAACUGGGCGCCUUGGAAGCUCCAGACUGACUUUCUCACGGGAAGAGCAGACUUCAACAGGCUCCAAACAGGCUCGGACCUCCAAACUACCCCCUGCCCGUGCCUGUUUGUGCAUGUGCGAUCUCGGAGAACCUCCCGAGUCGCAAGGGACCCGCAAGGAGCAUCGAGUCCAACUCCUCAUGGCCUCGGGUACCACGGUGAUGGGUGAGAAUAGGGGGAUCAUUAGAGGGGGGUCCAGCGGUGCGCUGAAGGCUGUGAGAUUCCACACUGCGCAUUUUCAAGGCUGAGGAUGCUCGUCCUCCCUCCAGGCACCCUCGAGCAUUGCCCUUCUUGCCUCUGAGACAGGGCAGGUAUCUUCAAGAGGGGUUAUAUUUACCCAGAUGGUGGGAGAACAGGAGCUCAAAGCAGGAGGAGGUGACACAUCAGGGCUGGAGUGAAAAUGCUGCAACCAGCACAAGCUUUCUUUGCUUUUUACACCCAUUUGCAGCGGUUUGCUAUGUUGGCUUCAUGUCGGAUUAAUCCAUGUCUAUCUCUUUUCAAGCUCAUGUUUUGACUGCUGAUGGACGGUGUCUUGCAGAGCCAGCUACACCCCACCGAGCUCCCACCAGAGCUGAUGGCCGUGUCCUUGCUGCCUCCUUACCAAAGGUACCAGCACAUGCACCAACACCUUCCCCUCGGCUUUGGCAGAAAAUCGGUUUGGCCAGAACCACCUCAGAGGUGGGUUGUGCUCCUCCCCGAUGAAUCCUGAACGCUCCAGCAUUUUCUGUGGCUCAGCGGGAUUUGCAGGGCUGAUCCAAUGGGAGUCCCCCAUGUCGAUAAGAGCACAGCAAGGAAGCAAAGAGGUGGGGAAGAUCUGUGAUGUACCCAGGUGAUGCUCGCACAAGACUCAUCUUUACCUGAAACCAUCUCAGCCUCGUCUUACGUGGUGAGAGCACAAAUCCCUCCUCAACGCAUAGCGGACAAUGCUGGUAUGAGGAAGAGAAUGGCAGGAAUUGACAGAAAUGCUGUGAAAUCCUGGACUCGGGAGGUACGAGACACCCCAAGCAGCGCAGAGACCUGCGGGCACGUCUCCAGAGAAAAGAAGUAUUCAAAAUAAACAGUUAAUCCACGGCGAUUCUUCAACUGGGGAAGCCCCGAGGACACCAAACGCUCCGAGAGGUGGCUGCAUGUUUUUGGAAGAGGAGCAAACCCUUUGGUGACCCCCAACAGCACCGGAAUGGGGAGCUGCAGCAGUCAGAGCCAGUCGUCCAGAUGUGCCGGGGAUAGAAGUCAGAUGUGGCUCGAAUAGAUGUGAGGAAUUCAAGCGGGGGAAAACCACACCGGGUGGACGAAGCAGGAAUUGGAGCAGAGAGCCGCUCCGCACCCACGCUGCCUCCUUCUUCUCCUGGUUAUCUACUGAAAACCCCGUCCUUUGAUCAGACUCCCCCCAGACUCAAUGGUAAGUGUCCUGGGGAUCUCAUCAACCUCAGCAACCCAGGUUUUCUUCUUUUGGAGGCCAAGAAAAGCAUCAAGUUGUACUCUUCGGUGGUGCCGUUACCUCCCCACAUGACCAGAUGCAAUGGGAGGUGCCAGCUGCCCGUUCCUCAGCUGCCACGAGGAUAUCUGAGGCUUAUUUCUCCCAGAAUAUGUGAUCACAGCCAUGGCCGAGGACCAGGGAGGAGUUCAGGUCUGCAUCCAGAUGUUCACAGGGUCUGUGGGCGUUUAGAUUCCUUCCGGACCCAACCCCGUCCCCGUUAAACCUCGCGGGAGGUUCCCGGUGAGUGUGCAGUGCUCCUGGCUUGCAAAACACCUCCAGAUUCAACAAAUGCAGCUGCUGUCACCGCUUACCCUGAAACCUGCUGGCACCAGGGAGCCUGUCACCCCCGAACACCACUGUACCCUGUGCAAGGACCUCUUCUUACAUCUGUUCGCCUGUGAACACGCGACAGCAAAUCCCAGCAUCACUGGGGAAUGAACACUGGCAUUUAGGGAGUCAUUUGGCAUGUCACAGGUUUGGCUUUCAGGUGGGACUUCAGGAGCGAUUUCUCCUGGUUCUGGCUGUAAAAAAUGGGGCAUCUCUCUGUCCUUGUUGCCAUCUCUUGCACGCUGAGCUCCUUCAUUACAUCCUGUCAGGUUUUGGUGUUGAAUAUUGCUGCUUAGCAGCUCCUAAAUGCGAGGUGUACUGGACUUGAAGCAAAACACACAAUGUAAAAAAGCACAAGUGAAUGACUUGUAGGUCAUCUUUACAUUCUUGACCUCUCCGUCGUCUCUCCGAGCUGCUAUAUGUUGCCUGGUGCUCCCGGCAGACAAUACCCCAUUGAUCACGCCGAGGAGCUGAUGCCAACGGAGAGGGUCGCGCUGCCACCGGGCCCCGACCCGCCCUUGGAAAUGCCUCGCACAAUGCACAGAUUGUGUACGUCAGCACAUUGUGGCACCCAUACAAUGUCGCUGAUGCUCAGACACACAAAAAGGGUCUUAUGGUAGUGGGGUACAGGCGUUCCUUUCACAGGGCGAUGGACGUCAUUGGUUUGGUCCCUUUUCUUGCUGGAAACAAAAUGCCCUUUAAAAAUAAAGCAAUAAGAGCUGAACUGGCCAUGCUUUCGGUCUCCCCCCUUUUCUGUAGGGUGCCCUGCCCAUGCAGAUAACCCCAAGGAGAGGAGAAUUAGCACUUCAUAUUUCUAAUGUGCAAGUCGGGAGCAAGAACCCAGCCAGCCGGCAGCCAGACCGUGCCGAAAUCCCUCCUGCUAUUCUCCAGCAGCCCCAGUUGGGUUUGGUCCGAGCCCUUUUCUCUGGAGAGUUACCAGCAUUGGCUGCACUGGGAUCACCCCAAAUCUCCCUCCACCCAGAAGAUGCUCUGGGUAAAACCUGCAAGCUUGUAAAAAAAACCCAAACCAGAGCUUGUAAAAGGCUGGGUGAACCACUGUGGAAAGCUCAAAUAACAACAUAGACCAUGAAACAUGGGCAAGGACUCCAAGGACCUGGUCUCCAUCACCCAGCUCAGGGUUGUGCAGAGAUUUCGUUCCGCUCAGCGCUGGGUCGUUGUUUGGUUGCGCUUUAUUUUGAUCAUUAAUACCACAUUAUUUUUAAAGAAGCCUCUUUCCAAACAGGGCCUGGAGAGUCUUCUAGCGAUGUCCCCUCUCCCCUGCCCCUUCUUCCCCGAGUAAAUAUUUUUAGCUCUCAUAAACACAAGCCAUUAAGUGCUCGAGAGUGAAAAGCAAAGCCCUGGGAAGGUACUGCCACAGGGGCGACCCGCGUUCCUCUCAUCCAGAGACGCUUAAAGCACAACCAAAAAUUACACCUUUAUUUUAGCACCUCAAUCCAACCCCGCAGCGGGAGUUUGGGACCCACUAGACGCUCAAUGCAACCCCUGCUUCCCUCCUUCAACCUGGUCUGUCGGUUUAGACAGCAGAAGGGGGAAAAUAAAUAAAGACGUAUAAAUUCUGUGGUUUGAAGCCCCAGCAGAGAUCUUUGAUUCAGCAUCACCCCUCCCCAUCAGCCUUCCUGCUGUCACCGCCCAAAAUCCAUCCCACCCAGUUUUGAUCGCAGAUCUCUGCCGUCUUCACCAAAUUUCCCUAAAAUUGGUGGAAGUCUCACCCUUUUCUUUUUGCCCCUAGUCAAGAUGUUGACAUUUGGGGAAAUCCGAGCAGCCACAGCAUUUCUCUGCACUUUGCUGCCCUGGUUUUAUAGAAAUUACACAAGGGACCAUAAAGGAGAUAAACACGUUGCCCGGGAGGAUUAUUCGGAACAGAUCGGCCCAAAAUGCCGUCCCGUUCCCAGGUCCUGCCGUUCGACCCACGUUGUGCAACGAUGGGAGGGCGGGGGUUGUGCUGAUGAGUGCAAGAUGUCCCCAGGAGCGGGGACAUCCAGAAAAGGCCGGAGGAAGCCACCGAGUGCCAGGAAAAGCUUUUGAUGAGAGAAGAUAUGACAAUGGCUUGGAUGCAAGAGUCCUUUGGAGGAGCAAAGGCCCAAAGGACGUGGCUUUGGGACAGAAAGUGCCUUUUUCUGUAUGGCUGGGGCUGUUUAAUCUGUCCAGCUCCCAUCUGUGUGACUUGGGUUGGCCUCGCAGAGCUGGGCUUAGCAGGGCAAGGUCUAAAGGCACAAGCUGGGGAAGGCACUUAGUGGCACGGCUUAAAUGAAGGGAGAUGAGAGCUGGGCUCACGUCCAAGGUCCCGGGCAAGGCGUAACUCUGUGUUUCCCAAGCUACCCAAACCUCCUGGGUUUGCAGCUUUGCAGCCGCAGGGAUCAGCUUCCCAGCCUGGAUUCCCAGUGGCUGAAACAGAAAGCUUCCCAAAAAGGUCCAAAUCCCAUCUGCCGAGUGGCCCCUUUCUCAGGCUGUUUGUUAUAUUUGGAUUUCCGAAGAAAGCAGGUCGUGUUUCCUUGGCAUUUGUAGGGCUUGUUGGGAUGUGAUUUGCACAAUUUGGGAUAAGGCGCAUCUAUUGUGCUCCCCUAAUCCUUUAGCAGUUGCUGAAAGCUCAAAGUGUCCCAAUUUGUGGUUGCACAUCCAGCGGGUCUCUGUGAGUAUUUCUUUCCCUCCUGCUUCUCUCCCACACCCUCGUUUUCACCUUUUUAGGGGAACAGUGGCAUCCAGGAGGAUUUAUGGACAGGUUUGCUGUCCUGAAACAGGACAACGGGGGAGAGGAGAAGCCAGAUCGCCCUGAGUCAUCACCAAACCGCGCGCAUCCAUUUUCCUGUCAAAUGGGCUUUAAACAAGCCCGAUAUGAGUAAACAUGGAAGCGCAGAUCGCAAACACUCCCGGCUAACCCGUUUAAUCCCAGCAGAUGUUCGUGUUUAGCCGGCAGGGAUGUGCCAAGAGGGUGAAAAGGAAGAGGUUUCAAUCCGCAGCAGGCGAGGAAGGAAAGGCGAAGGAUGCAGGAGGCAGCGCUGCAGCCUGGAGCAUCCCUGAGGAAGGAGCGUGUAGGAAAGAAGCCACAACCCUGAAAUAAUGUUAUCUUAGUGAAUGGUUUCGUUGCGGCUGUCGGCUUCCUCGAGGAGCGCUUCUUAAUCUGGAAAAGAGAGGGAAGUUUUUAAUUAUCGGCUCCCGAGAGUUCAGAGAUGAGAGAUUAGGGGGGAAAAGCACACAAAUCCACUGCUCCGGGAAGCAAAAAUACGGGAUAUCUCAUCGGCGAGAUGUGUAAAUGCCUUAGAAAUAAGUGCUGCAUCCAGAUGUGGGCUCAGGGAGCCCAAACUCGCGACAGAUGUGGGCUGUGAGCAGCUGCCCGUGUUGCUUUAGCAAAGAAAAUCCAGCAGAAGGCAGAGAAAGGAGCAUCUCCCCACCUGUGACAGCCCCGCUCCUCCCUUUCCCUCAUUUUGCCACAUUCUUUGCCUUGUUUUUCACAAUAUUUUGAGCCAACCACAAAUAUUUCUCCUUGGAGAAGCACAAUAUCUUUGUAUAUAUAACAUAAAGCAGCAGUGUUUCCAUAGGCACAACCAGGACCUGGUUGGGAAGAUGUGGCGCCGCAGGACUGUGAGAGUUUCACAGCGUCUCGGGAUGCACCAAAACUGGAUUUAUUUUUCCAUUUAGGAAAAAGAGAAUGAUAUUUUUUUGUACAUCAGGACUUACUUUGUUUUUAGGAGGCACCCACAGAAAUUGAAGAUAAUCUCGGGAAAAGAGGUAAAACAACAGGCUAAAGGCUCAAGAGAGGAGCUUCACCUUAACACCAGCAAACAGCGGCACUGAAACAUCUCAUGGCUACUGUGGAAAGGAUUUAUCCUUCCAAAAUGUGGAUUUGUAAGGAGAAUUUAGGGCCUUUUCCCAGGGCUUGAAUUGCAUCCCCCAUCUGUCCCACCGUGUCCUUUGCUUUAUUGACAUUUUCAGCCCCUACGCUCUGCAACACGAGAUGUUGUUGGGCCUAAGGACUGUAAGGAGGAUCCGUGUUGUCUUUUUGCUUCCCAUUCUCCUCCCUAAAUGCAAGAAAAAAUAAGUUUAAAAGCGAAGGAGCCAAAGAUUUUCUCUUUCAAAAAGACACACAUUUCAAACGGUUUUACACAAAAAAAAAACCUGUGGCGGAAAAGCCAGAAAACCCAGGAUUCAGGUGGGGUAACAGCUGCUUUGCAUUAACAAAUAUCUCUUGAGGUUUCCCUUGUUUUGCUUCUUUCUCCUUGUUUCCUUCUCUCUCCGCUCGCUCCUUUUUCUGCUGCCUUUGGGAUUGAAAAAAAAUCGAAUAAAAAUAAAAGGCAG